AUGGACCAAAUACCAGCAUCCUUCCCUGACUAUCUCCCGGUUCCAGAGCUACAGAGAAGCUAUCCACCACUGGAGCCGUUUGAACACCAUGAGCAUGGCAAGAAUGCCGAUUCUACCUUUCCUGACCUCUUUCCCCAAGGAGCUGGUGUCAUUGAGCAUCUGACUCCCCAGUUCGGCUCCGAGGUGAGCGGCAUCCAACUAAGUCAAUUAACGAACAAGGGCAAAGACCAGCUGGCCCUAUUUGUUGCCCAACGAAAGGUGGUGGCCUUCCGAGAUCAAGAUUUCGCCCAUCUAUCCAUCGAUGACGCCCUCAAGUACGGCGGCUACUUUGGUCGUCAUCUCAUGCAUCCUACCUCGGCUGCCCCAAAAGGCUAUCCUGAAAUCCAUGUCGUCCAUCGUGGCCCUGAGGCCAAAACCUGUGCGAAUGCCCUGCAUUCGCGCAAUAGCGCUGUCUACUGGCAUUCCGAUCUGAGCUUCGAAGAGCAGCCACCUGGCACUACCUUUCUUUACGUUCUAGAUGGACCUCCAAGUGGAGGUGAUACUAUCUUCGCGGAUAUGGUUCAGGCUUACCAAAGGCUUUCUCCUCCAUUUCGUAAAAGGCUACAUGGACUCACGGCUGAGCACACCAGUGCGGAACAUAUCCAGAGUGAGGGGGGCAACGCGCGCCGGCCAGCCAUCACCACGGCACAUCCAAUCAUCCGCACUCAUCCGGCAACGGGGGAAAAGGCCAUCUUCGUGAACGAUGUCAUCACCAAGCGUAUAGUCGGGCUCAAGAAAGAAGAGUCAGACCUGCUACUCAAGUUUCUGUUUGACCAAACGGCCUUCUCUCACGAUCUUCAGGUGCGGCUUCGAUGGAAGCCAGGUACUGUGGUGGUCUAUGAUAAUCGCGUGACCUCCCACGCAGCGCUGUUUGACUUUGAAGAUGGAUAUCGACGGCAUUUGGCAAGACUUACGCCUCAGGCUGAAAGGCCUUACGAGACUCCCUUCCAGGAAUAA